AUGGGGAACGUCCCGAGCGGCGGCAGCGACGACGAAGAGCUCGAGGGCCCGGCCGGGGGCUGCCCCGGGCCGGGGGCCGCGCCGGGGGCGCCGGGGCCGGGCCCGGGGGCGCCGGGGCCCGAGACCCCGGGCCUGGCCUGCGGCGCUCCGGGCCCCGCCGGCGCCUCUGCGGGAGGCCUGCCGGGACCCGCGGCGCUGCUGGAGCCGGGAGCGCUGCGACAGGCGGCGCGCCUGAGCCCCGGCGCCCCCGGCCCGGCCCCUGGCGCCCCGGCCCCGACGGCUCGCCGCCCGGCGCCGCUGCGCUGGCUGGAGGAGCGCGCCCGCGGGGACGCCGUGGUGAGCGGGGAGCAGCUGCGCGAGGCCCCGGAGGCGCGGGCCGGGGACGAGGUUUUCGCCCAGUUUGACGUGGAGGCGGACGGCCCGGUGGAUGUGGAGAACAUGCUGGAGGCCCUCAAGAGCUCCAGGGGCGCCAGCCUCCCUGGGGAGCUGAGCCACAUCACCAGGCAGCUCCAGGCCUGCUCCCUGGUUCCCGGUUUCAUCGACAUCUUUUCUGAAGGCACAGAGAGCCUGGGCGCCCACUCUGCCAUGAUCUUGCGCUUCCUGCACCGGAACCGUAUCGCAAGCAUGGCGCUUCCUUACCCGCUGCUGGAUUACUGCCACACCAUCUGUGCCAUGAGGUCGUCCGUGCUGAGAGAGUCUCUGGACCAGCUUGUACAGAAGGACAAGGAGGCCCCGGGAGAGCUGAACGGGAGCCCUGAGUCUGACCAGCUCAAGGCCGUCGCCAAGUGCUACACGUACAUUGAGACAUCCUCCAAUUCGGCCGACAUCAACAAGAUGACCAAUGGAGAAACGUCGUCCUUCUGGCAGUCCGACGGCAGUGCCCGCUCGCACUGGAUCCGCUUGAAGAUGAAGCCGGACGUGGUCCUCAGACACCUGUCGAUCGCCGUGGCGGCGAGCGACCAGAGCUACAUGCCGCAGCAGGUCACGGUGGCUGUGGGCAGGAGCGCCAGCAGCCUCCAGGAGGUCCGCGACGUCCACAUCCCCAGCAACGUCACUGGCUACGUGACGCUGCUGGAGAACGCCAACAUCAGCCAGCUGUACGUUCAGAUCAACGUGAAGCGCUGCCUCAGCGAUGGCUGCGACACCCGGAUCCACGGGCUCCGGGCGGUGGGCUUCCAGCGCGUGCGCCGCGCGGGGGUCUCGGUCUCCGACGCCUCCGCCAUCUGGUACUGGUCCCUCCUGACGUCUCUGGUGACGGCCUCCAUGGAGACGAGCCCGGUGUUCGUCCAGACCAUUCUGCAGAACACCCAGAAAGCGCUGCAGCACAUGCCUCCGCUCUCGCUCUCCCCGGCCUCCACGGACGGGGCCAGCUUCCUGUCUCCCAGCGUCCUGGGCGAGGUGGAUGGCUUCCUGGUGAGGAUAACCAGUUGCUUGGCUAACCCGGAAGUAGAGCUGACCUUGCUGGCCUUUGCCCUGGCCCGAGGGAGCGUGGCCAAAGUGCUCAGCUCUCUGUGCGCCAUCACCGACCACUUGGACGCCCCCUACCAGGCCUCGGCCCUGAUCGCUUCGAUGGCCGCCGUGCGACAGAACUUGCUCUACAAAUAUGGCAGGAUUCUGCAGCCAACGCUCCAGGCGUGCGACGUCAAGGGGAAGGGCGAGAAGUCGGGGCCAGAAAACCUCCUGGCCGAGCCCUGGAGUGGAGACGGCUUUCUCACGGAGACGGGCAAGACCAGGGCGAGCAUCAUUUUCUCCACGGGCACAGAGGCGGCCUUCCAGGUCACACAGCUGAGGAUCAAGGUGCGGCGGGGCGGCAUCGGGGCCCAGUGCGGGCUGGUCUUUGCCUACAACACCCCCUCGGAGAGGUUCCAGGCCGAGGAGCACUUUCAGAGAUUUGAGAAGUAUGACACGUGGAGACUCCCUGAGUACCGGCAGUUCUUAAAGAGCAGGGUGGGCAGCGCCUGGGCGGACCUUGGGGAGGACGAGCCCGCCGGCUGGUUCGAGGCCGAGGAGGACUGGGAUGAGGUGGAAGUGAAGAUGCAGCCGUGCCGGGUGGCCAAGUAUCUGAUGGUCAAGUUCCUGUGUACCCGGCGCGACACAGCUGAGCGCCUGGGUGUGCAAGGCCUGAGCGUGUACGGCUACCUGCGCCCCGCCGACGCCGAUCUGGGCCCCGGCACCCGCUGUGCCACCUGCGACCCCGAGGCCGACCGCAUCUGCGGCAUGACCCUGCUCCUGAAGACGCUCUCCUUCGUCCAGCAGCUGGCCCAGGACCUGGCGCGCCAGAGAGAAAGCGGGUUCAAGCACAAGCCCCUGCUGGACACGGCCGGCCUCAGCCUGCAGCUCUUCUGGGGUUUCUACAGCAAACUGGAGGCCCGGCCAAGGGAAGAGUGCAUCCUGGCUCGCACCAUGUUGCUGCAGCUUCUGCAGAGCUGUUUGUCGGAGCUCACGGCAGGGCCCCAGGCCACGGCGGGGUCCCCCCCGCCACCGAGCAGCUGCGUGCCGGCUGUGCCCGAGGACCUGUACGCGCACCUGUGCCAAGUGGUGGACGAGGCAGGGGACGACCCUGUGCCAUUGAAAAGACUGCAGGCCGAGGUGAGGAACACGCUUCUCCAGGGAGCCGCUGUUUUCUUUCCUGAUGGCCGCGCCCGGCGCCGCCACCUGUUUGCCAUGAUGAAGAACAUCACGGAGCCGGAGCAGAAGCCGUCCGCGCAUCUCACCUUCAGGUCCUUGUGCACGUAUUUCAGUGGCCGCGACCCCGGAGGCCUGCUGCUGCUCCCAGAGAAGGGGGGCCCGGCCGAGCUGGAUGUGCAGGAAGUGCUGGCUGUCAUGGACACGCUGCAGGCGGCCGCCGCCAAGGAGUGCGACAUGCUGAUGCAGGAUGCGUCCCCGGGCGAGAGCGGCCCGGCCUUGUUCUCCCUCUUCUGGUCGGUGCAGGGGAGCCUGCUGUCCUGGUGCUACCUGCAGCUCAAGGGCAGCGAGCCGCGGGCUAAGCAGCUGGCCGCAGAGACGCUGGACAGAUACGCGGGACAAGUCCUGGCCAGCGUGAGGACAGUCUUGCGGUCCCUCCUGUCCCAGUUUAGUGGGAAAAAAGUAGUGGAAAAGUUGUGUAACUCUGUGUUUGCCAUGGCCACCCGGCAGCUGGUCAUCUUCCUGCUGGAUUUCUGCCCCCUGGACAUCCCACACUUGGCCCUCUUGAAGGCGUUUAGCACCCUGACCGACCUUCUGAAGGACCUCUGCAGCGACCCCAACGGCAGCCCCGAGCAGAUGGACGUGGACACGUGGCAGCAGGAGCAGCCCGUGGUGCUGAACACCUGGGCCAUGGAGUCCGCCCACAACUACGAGAACAACCGCCACGAGGCGACCGUCUUCCUCAGCCCCGGCGCCACCUCCUUCGAGGUGGAGUUUGAUGACAAGUGCGAGACGGAGACAAGGUACGACUACCUGGAGUUCACCGACGCCCGGGGCCUGAAGACGCGCUAUGACACCAAGGUCGGCACGGACAAGUGGCCCAAGAAAGUCACCUUUAAGGCGGGCCCCCAGCUGCACUUCCUCUUCCACUCGGACAGCAGCAACAACGAGUGGGGCUACAAGUUCACGGUCACGGCCUACGGCCUGCCGGACGUGGCCAUUUCCUGGGGCCUGGACUUGCAGCUCCUAGUUUCCAGGCUGAUGGGGCGCCUGGCUUCCCAGUGCCUGGCCUUGCGAGCCGACCAGUUAGGGAGUGACAUGGGACUGCCUGUGGCCAAGGUGACCCCCGUCCUCCACUCCCCCUUGUGGAAACCGGUCUUUAGGCACCAGCUGUGCCAGGAGGGGCUUCUGGGAGCCUGUGGGCCCACUCCUGCGCCCCAGGAUGGCAGAGAGAGCCGGAGCGCUCAGGCCGACCCGGGCUGGGACCUCCUCGUCGACUUCGCCAAGUCAGACCCCGCUCAGGGCUUCUGCGGGCGGAGGCCCGAGCUUUUCCAAGGACUCGCACAGGCAUGUAAAAAACAAGCCCCGCAGACAGAUAGCGUUGCCGGUUCCGCGGUGGAUCGAGCCGUGAACGCCGCGUUUGCCGCGCUGGUGUAUCUCACGCCGCAGCUGUAUGAGAAGCUGCAGAGCUAUGUUACUGGUGGGGGCCAGGGGGUGCUGAGUGAGGACUUUGCCCAGGUGUACUCCCUGGCCGACGGGAUCAGGAUAUGGAUGUUAGAAAUGAAGCAGAAGGCGCUGCUGGAGCAGGGGGACGAGGGGUCAGGGGAGCCAGAUGCCGAUGUGCACGAGGUGAACCCGGAGAGCCUGGCCAGAGAGUGCGCGCAGAAAGCUCUCCUGCUGCUGCAGUUCCCGCCCAUGCGAGCGAGCCGGCAGAGAGGCGGCUCCGUGGGGGAAGAGCACGUGCCGGCCUCGGGACCCGAGAGCCCCCGGCAGCAGGUGGAGGCCGCCCUGGGCCCUUCCAGCAGGCCCUUAGAAAGGAGCACCUCCCAGCAGGACGAGGGGCUCUCCCCCCCGUCCACGCCCACCCGCCGGCCGACCUUCGGCCGGGGCCGCCUCAGGCUCCUGUCUUUCAGGUCCGUGGAGGAGACCCGGCCCAUGCCCACCGUGACCGAGAAGUACCCUCUCCUCAAGGACGUGAUGGACUUCCUUAAGGAUCAGGCGCUCUCCCACGAGAGCGUCCUGAAGGUCCUGUCGCUGAAGAGAGCCCAGGCCAAGAGCGUCCUGGACGCCCUGAGUACAGCCCGGACCUGCAUGGAACAGCUGGGGAGACCACACUGUUUCCACCCUGCCUGCCUCCUCUUCCUGCUGGAGCUGCUCACCUGCCAGAAGGACUUUGCUGACUACUUUGGGCACCUGGAAGGCUGUGGGGCUGCGCUGCACGCAGAGAUCCGCCACGCCUACCACCAGCUCGUCCGCUUCUUGGUGGACGCCGUGAAGGGCUUCGGCAAUCUGAAGGACAGGUCCCUGCUCCCCGCCCUGUCCUGCGUCCAAGCGUCCCUGCUCCAUCUCCUGGAUAUGGGCUGGGAGCCCAGCGACCUCCCCUUCCUGGCCGAGAUGCGGCUGCCAGAGCUGCUCAUGACCAUGGCACAGGAAAACAUCAGUCUCCACCACAGGGCCAUUUGCCAGUGGAGCGAGGAUGAGGAGAUGGCCGAGUACCGCCAGACCUCGGAGUGGAUGGAAGAGUGCCGGGACGGGAUGUUCGAGGCCUGGUACGAGAAGAUCGGCCAGGCCGACGCCGAGAAACAGAGGAAGAUGCACAUGUUCAUUGCCCGCUAUUGCGACCUGCUGAACGUGGACAUCUCCUGCGACGGCUGCGACGAGAUCGCCCCCUGGCACCGCUACCGCUGCCUCCAGUGCCACGACAUGGACCUCUGCAAGACCUGUUUCUUGGGCGGAGUGAAGCCCGAGGGCCACGAAGACGACCACGAGAUGGUGAACAUGGAGUACGCCUGUGACCACUGCCAGGGCGUGAUCGUGGGCCGCAGGAUGAAUUGCGACGUGUGCGACGACUUUGACCUCUGCUACGGCUGCUACGCGGCCAAGAAGUAUUCCGACAGCCACCUGCCCAGCCACGGCGUCACUGUCUACCCCAUGGUAACCAUCCGCACCAGCGACUGCCAGCGGCUCGUCCAGCCCUACGUCCACAACUACUCCUGGCUGCUCUUUGCCGCCCUGACAUUGUACGCUGCCGACCUGGCCGGAGGGGCUGAGGCAGAAGGGGAAAGGCCGGACCCUGGGGCCCUCCAGGCCGCGGCCACCCUGCAGGCGCAGUGCCUGCGGCUCCUUGGAGAAUGCCUGCUGAAGGCGCAGCGGAACGCGGAUGCGGACCCGUCCUCAGAAAACGAGCUGGUCUCCAUCGGCUCUUCUCAGGAUGGUGCCGGGGAGGAGAAGGCUGCCGAGACGACGGGCACCCCCACAGCGGUGCCCAGCUGGGGCCAAGGGGACGCCAGGGACGAGACCCUCCCGUCAGAGGGCGCGCCGGCCGCUCUGGGAAGCCAAAGUUCGUCUCCAGAGAAGGCGCCGUCCGGGGAAGCCCCCGAGGAAGCCCAUGGGCCGGCGCUCCCAGGCGCUUCCCCUGUGUGGGCCAUGCGGGAACCCAUCGUGCCCCCGAGCCCCGAGCAGGUGUUUGCCGAGUGCUCCCAGAAGAGAAUCUUGGGAUUGCUGGCCGCCAUGUUGCCGCCCAUACAAUCUGGUUCCACGGUCUCCUGGGCGAACCUGAAGGACAUCCUGCCCCUGAUGUUCCAAGUGGUGAUCUCCAACGCGGGGCACCUGAACGAGACCUACCACCUGACCCUGGGCCUGCUGGGCCAGCUCAUCGUCCGGCUCUUGCCGGCCGAGGUGGAUGCUGCUGUGACCGGGGUCCUCUCGGCCAAACAUGGCCUGUUCUCGGCAGGGGAAGGGGCAGCUGCGCCCGAGGGCUGGGACACGGUUCAUCUGCUCUUCAGCCUGGGAGCCGUGUGCCUGGACAGCCGCGUGGGCCUGGACUGGGCCUGCUCCAUGGCGGACAUCCUGCACACGCUGCAUGGCUGCCCGCACUGGCACGGCGCGGUGGCGGCCUUCACGGAGCACUGCCUGAAGCAGCUGCCCUUCCAGCUGAAGCACACCAACAUCUUCACCCUGCUCGUGCUGGUGGGCUUCCCCCAGGUGCUGUGUGUGGGCGCACGCUCCGUGUACCUGGACAACGCCAACGAGCCUCACGACGUCAUCGUCCUCAAGCACUUCACGGAGAAGAGCCGGGCCGUCGUCGUGGACAUCAAGACCCGCAAACGCAAAACAGUCAAAGACUGCCAGCUGGUGCGGCCGUGUGGCCAGGGGGGCACGGCCUCGCCCACGCCGCUGAGCGCCCACCUGCGGCACUUCACCUUCAUCAGCAGCCACCUGCUGCAGAGCAGCCUGGAGCCCGGCUGCCCGGAGGCCGUGGAGGCCACGUGGGUGCUGUCCUUGGCCCUCAAGGGCCUGUAUGGGACCCUGAAGGCUCAGGGCUUUGAGGAAAUCCAGGCAGCCUUCCUGGAGUCGGGGCUGCUGAAGCUGCUGGUGAAGAAGUGUAGCCGCGGCACCGGCUUCAGUAAGACGUGGCUCCUGCGGGACCUGGAGAUCCUGUCCGUGCUGCUCUACUCGUCCAAGAGGGAGCCCGCGCCGGGGCCGCCACAGCCAGGCAGCCCUCCCGGGGACAUGGCGCAGGGCAAGCCGGACCCGCUCGAGGGCCUGGACGAGGCCACCAAGGUCUGUUUCCUGAUGACCCACGAUGCUCUCAAUGCCCCCUUGCCCAUCCUCCGGGCCAUGUACGAGUUACAGAUGAAGAGGACGGAUUCCUUCUUCCUGGAGGUCCAGAGGAGGUUUGAUGGAGACGUGAUCACAACCGACGAGAAGAUCCGGAGCCUGGCCCAAAAGUGGCAGCCGCGGAAGCGCCUGAGGCUGGAGGAACUGACCUCGAGAGCCGUGGACACAGACAUGAUUGUCCUGCCCUGCUGGGCAAAGCCCGUGGCCUGCGACCGUGCGGCCGAAGAGUCUGACCCUGUGACCCAGAAGCUGAUCGCCAGCACCGAGAGCGACCUGCAGCUCAGCUACGCCAAGCAGCGGAGGGCCAAGAGCGCCGGACUCCUGCACAAGGAGCUGGGCUCCCGGGCCAAGAGCGCCGCGCGCGCCUACCUGCGCCGCGUCAACGAGGCCACGGCCGUCCUCUACGCCCGGCACGUGCUGGCCUCUCUGCUCGCCCAGUGGCCGGAGUCCAUGGCCAUCACGGCUGACGUCCUGGAGCUCAGCAGCCCGGCCCAGAUGGCCUACAUCUUGGACAUGCUCAUGCAGCUGGAGGAGAGGCAGCUGUGGGAGAAGAUCCUGCACAAAGUGCUCCAGAGCUGCAGCCAGGACAUGCUGGGCCCCAUGGCGCUCACGGCCUGCCACUUCAUGGAGGAGCCGGGGACGGCCGUGCAAGUGCGCGAAUCCAAGCACCCCUACAAAAACAACACCACCUUCGAGGACAAAGUUCACAUCCCCGGCGCCAUCUACCUCUCUGUAAAGUUUGACCCCCAGUGCAGCACCGAGGAGGGCUGCGACGAGCUCGCCAUGUCCAGCAGCAGCGACUUCCAGCAAGACCGCCACAGUUUCAGUGGCUCUUCCCAGAAGUGGAUCGACUUUGAGCUUCCAGGAGACACGCUGUACUACCGCUUUACUUCUGACAUGAGCAACACAGAGUGGGGCUACAAGUUCACCGUGACGGCCGGACAUCUGGGGAGAUUCCAGACAGGCUUUGAGAUUCUGAAGAAGAUGUUGUCUGAGGAGAGGGUUGUUCCACACCUGCCCCUGGCCAAGAUCUGGGCGUGGCAGGUGGGCGUGGCCUGCCGCCAGACCGGGCACCAGCGGCUCAAAGCCAUCCACUUGCUCCUGAAGAUGGUGCAGUGCCGCGGGCACAGCGACCUCUGUGACCUUGCCCUACUCCGGCCCCUCUGGCAGCUCUUUGCCCAAAUGGAGAAGGGUCUGUGCCAGGACGUGAGUCAGCCCGGCCUCCUGCUGCCCCUCCACCGAGCCCUCACGGAGCUCUUCCUUGUUACUGAGAACAGAGUCCAGGAGCUAGGCUCCCCACAGGACUACCUGCUCGCCUUAACGACGGAUGACUACCUGCUCUGCUGCACGGCCCAGGUAAGCUCUCUGAGGUGGGGGGAGGGGCUUAGGAAGGGGGUGGUCCCCAGGUGACCAGCUCCCGGGUUGUGUCCUCAGAGAGAAAAAAAGCCAAACACGGCAGCCGGUUGACCAAGACAUGGUGAGAAGGGCUCAUCCAUGCCCCAGAGGAGCUAACAGGAGAUGGGGGCCAGAGGAGAGUCCCGAGGGACUCUCUACACAUCAGGGCCCCAAAUCUCCAGGCCCUGGAUCCAGGCAUCCUUGAGGCAGGCCCUUGGUCCCCUGGGCAGGAUGGCCCGGGAGGGACAGGGCCAGCCCAUGACAGGGAAAAUGGGAGAGGACCGCGACCCAGUUACGGAGCAGACCAGCAAGGGAUGACCAGGGAACCGCUGGAAACACAGGGGGGACUUUUAAGGGUGGGCCAGGCCGGGCAGGCUCCUUUUGGGGACCAUUUGGUCGAUCCAGGGCCUUCAGGAAAGUUGGCUGAAACCGGAGGGACUUGUGGGUGCCCGGAGAGGCGUGCGCACAGUUGGCCUAGGGGAUCUGGACCUGCGUGGUGUCUCAGCAACCAGGCAGUGAACCGUGUGCCCGGGCCCUGGGGGGCUUAGAAAGGAGAGUGGAUCUGUCCGGAGAGGAGCAAGUGCCCGCCAGACCUGAGCAGUGGGAGGGAUGGGCACCGAACGGCUCGGUUUUGUGCCACCCAGUAGCCCGGCUCGGAGAGAGAGGUUUUGCAGAAUUCCCCAUUUCUUUAUAAAACCUUCACACCUGUAGUCUGAGAGGAGCUAGCCCAGAGGUAGCAGCCUGACAGCCCAGGUUACCUCGUACAUGGAGGGUCUGAGGGGAGCAGAGUCGGAGAAGAAGAGCUAGUUUCUCAGGCAGCCCACGUGUGGAGACGCCCGUCCGCCGCGGGCAUCCAGGGAGGAAGUGCCCCCACUCUGCCCGAGCCUCCGGGGUCGGCUCAGGCCGCGAGAGGUGCCGGGGUGUCAGUGAGUGGCGAGGGGCCCCGAAGGGCCCCCGGGGGAGAACGGUAACGGGUGCUGAUCUGAGUUCUUCAGAAAGCACUGUGGCUGGCUGUGCGGGAGGUGUAAGGGAGAGGCCAGGGAGCCUUUUGUUUGUUUGAAAAAUGAGACCUUUAUCAGGGAAAGUUGCUGUAAAAAACCAUUCUCCCAGUUUUCUGUUUUCCUUCUGAUCUUGGCCAUGCGGGUGCUGUUUGUACAAACCCUUUUUAAUCUCCCAUAAUCAGUCACCUUUGUACUUCCCAUGAUCCUCUUUAUCUCUCCUUCGGUCCCACAUUCUUUCCUUAUCCAGAGAUCUGACAGGUAAACUAUCCCUUGCUCUCGUAAUUUGCUUUUGCUCUCACCUUUUACGUCCAAAUCGCGUUCCCAAUUUGGCCUUUGGUACAUGGUCUAAAAUGCUGGUCUGUACCUUCGUUGCUGCCAGACCAAUUUCCAGUUUUCCCAGAAAUUUUUAUUAAAUUGUGAUUUCUUGUUCCCAAAGCUUGGAUCUUUGGGUUUAUCAAACACCAAAUUGUUAUGCUCCUGUACUCUGUGCAUUGCAUACUUGAUAUUCCACUGAUCCGCCCGCUCUAUUCCUUAGGACCAGAUUGUUUUGAUAAUUCCUUCUUUGAUAUAAUUUGAAGUCUAGCCCAGCUGGAUCACCUUCCUUUACAUUUCUUUUUCAUGAAUUCCCUCGAUAUUCUUGACCUUUUGUUCCAGAUGAAUAUUGUUAUUUUUUCCUAACUCUCUGAAAGAAUGUUUCGGUAGAUUGGUGUGGCACUGACAAAAUGAAUUCAGGUAGAAUUGUCAUUUUUGUCAUAUUAGCUUGACCUCCUCAUUAGCAAUUAAGAGUCUUCUCCUUUAGCUCUGACUUCUUUUGUGCAGGAAGCGUUUUGUAAUUGUGCUCAUGUAGUUCCCGGGUUUGUCUCGGCAGGGAGAUGCCCACCUAUUUAGAGAAUUCUUUUAAAGGGAAGCUCUCCUCCUAUGUCUUGCUGCUGAACCAUUGGACAUAUACAGAAGUGCUGAUGUUUUCUGUGGAUUAUCUAAUAGUCUCCAAGUAUAGCCUCCUUCCAUCUGCAAAGUGAUAGUUUUGUUUCCUCGUUGCCUCUUCUAGUUCCUUCUGUUUCUUUUUUCUUUCAUUGCUGUAGCUAGCAUUUCAAAUAUAACAUUCAACAUUCGUGGUGAUCAUGGGUGGCCUUACUUCACCUCUGAUCGUGUUGGGAAAGCUUGUAACUUAGCCCUCUUACUGAUAAUGAUUACUGGUGGUUUUAAACAGCUGUUUCUUCUCCUUUUAAGGAAAGUUUCGUUUAUUCCUGUACUUUCUAGUGCUAGAUUUCAUCAAAAAUUUUUUCUGCCUCUAUUGAGAUAAUUAUAUGUUAUUUAUAUAUCUAUCAUUAUAAUAAAUCGUUGUUAUUGCUAAUCGAUGUGGUCGAUUAUGCUGAUAGUUGUCCUAGUAUUGAAAAACCUCAUCUUCCUGGUAUAAAUCCUAUAUUGUCUUUGUGAUAUUUUGCUGUGAUCUCCUUGCUGGUAUUUUAUUUAAAAUAUUUGCAGCAGCAUUCGUUAGGGAAAUUCAUCCGUAGUUUUUUCUUUCUGUUUUUGCUCUUCCUGGUUUAGGUAUCGGCAUCAGAUUCAGGUCAUAAAAAUUCUGCGCCUUUGCCUGUUUUUCCAAACAGUUUAUAUAACAUCGCCAUUAAUUGUCCUUUAAACGUUUGGUAGAAUUGCAAGAUCCACCUGAUCGUGGAGAUUUUUUUCUUAGGAAGAGCACUGAUGGCUUACCUGAUUUUUUUUUUUUUGCUAAGAGAGGGUU